CGAGAAAUCAGCCAGUCGUCACCAUGGCCCGAGGAAUCAAGAAGCACCAGAAGCGCCUUAGCGCCCCCUCCCACUGGCUGUUGGACAAGCUGUCCGGCCUCUACGCCCCCAAGCCUUCUCCCGGUCCUCACAAGCUCCGCGACUGCAUGCCCCUGAUCGUCUUCAUCCGAAACCGCCUCAAGUAUGCUCUCAACUACCGCGAGACCAAGGCCAUCAUGAUGCAGCGCCUGGUCAAGGUCGACGCCAAGGUCCGCACCGACAUCACCUACCCCGCCGGCUUCAUGGACGUCAUCACCAUCGAGAAGACUGGCGAGAACUUCCGUCUCAUCUACGACACCAAGGGCCGCUUCACCGUCCACCGAAUCCAGGCCGAGGAGGCCGAGUACAAGCUGGGCAAGGUCAAGCGCGUUCAGCUGGGCCGUGGUGGAAUCCCAUUCUUGGUCACGCACGAUGCGAGAACCAUCCGCUACCCUGACCCCCUGAUCAAGGUCAACGACACCGUCAAGAUUGACCUCGCCACCGGCAAGAUCACCGACUUCAUCAAGUUCGACACUGGCAACGUCGCCAUGGUCACUGGUGGUCGUAACAUGGGCCGUGUUGGUGUCAUCACCCACCGUGAGCGUCACGACGGUGGCUUCAACAUUGUCCACAUCAAGGACGCCAUUGACAACACCUUCGCUACCCGUGAGAGCAACGUCUUCGUCAUUGGCCAGGAGAAGCCCUGGAUCUCCCUGCCCAAGGGCAAGGGUGUCAAGCUCACCAUCGCUGAGGAGCGUGACCGCCGCCGUGCUCUGGCUCACUAAAUGGAGAGAAGGAAAGAUUAGUAGUACCCCCUUUCUUUCUUUCUUUGUUUAGUGGAUGAUAUCAAUCAACGGUUAAAAGAAACAAAAUGGCAUAUAUGUGGACUGGAGUCUCGGAUUUGAUGUUUGCUUUAUUAGGGGGGAGCGGUUCUCCUUACGUGACCCUCCCCUUUUCCCUCUCCACGCCUGGAGAUGGCUGGCCCUGAGGCUAACGACGGAAAAAGACUUUUAAAACAUAUUGAGCCC